AUGACGCCGACCAAGAUGAACGAGUCUCGCGCCACGACACUCAUUGCAUUACUGAAUCGACUGAAUGAUGCACACAAAGAUGACAUAGUCCUCGAGUCGAAGAAUUCGCUUACCAUUCACAUAUUGGGAGCCGACCAUCGUGAGGGCAACACUGGUGCCGAGACAUUCACGGUCUUUCGUAGCUUUACACGACAUGUGGCCAAUCAUACGCAUAUCUCAUCGCUUUCCUUCGUGCUGGUGGGACCCAACUUGGCCAGAAAGCUUCACCUUACUCGGUUUAUACAAAAAUAUUGUGAUCCAGAUAUGAUUAACACGUGCGAUGUGGUGAUCAGCUACUUUGUAGACAGCUUUGAAACCUACUUCGAGGACAAAACGAUGUACUGUAAGCCCGAUCUUGUUGUGUGCUUUAAUGCUGGAAUUUGGGGCUAUGACGAGUGGUUGCCAACAAUCAAAAUCGUGCUAAACGAGCUAUGCGUACCCUUGCUAAUUACAUCGUAUAACGAGCACGAAGCCGGAGAUGAUGAGGAUACUUUGGAUGAACUGAUGCCAGCCAAGUGGCUUUGGCGACCGGAGCAAAAUCAGCACGGGGACACGACACUUCGUGCUACGAGCAACGAGCAUGGGUGGAUUCUUAGAGAAAAUGAAUAUUGGAUGUGUUUAUCUGGCAGGUCAAUGUAG